UAAUAGAUUAGCAUGUGGGGAUUAUGCAUACCACUGCGCCUUCUUUCAGCACUGUCUUGAGCAAAUCAACACUGAAACUGAAUAUGGCCCAUACGAUCGAUAGAUGUGCUCAACGUAUUAUUAACGCUUGAUGUCGUGUCCAAGUAAUUUAGCUUGAGCUUCCCUUAAUACUCUGUAUAGUUUUACCCUGCUGCUAUUUUUUCUUCUUGUUGUUGCUGUAUUACUGAAAUUAGCUUCAUUUUGCAAUCUAAUUCUAAGCCAAUUCGCCGUUAUACAUGCUCUCCCUGCGUUAUCUCGUUCCCUCGUAGGACGUUUGGGGAGAGUUUGAGCUUGUAAUAAUUACUGCCACUGAAUCUGAAACGAUUAAGCUUGGCUUAUUAAUUACUUUUAUUAAAUCCGUCAUGAUAUAUAUAUAUAUAUUUAUUCAUGGUAUAUUUAUUUGAUAUUGUAGAAAUUAGUACAUUUUCUAUAAGUCUAGUCAAACUCUUAAAAUAUCUUACAUGUAGGAACAGAGGUAGUAGCACAUAUAUCGUGAAAAUUGGGCCUAAAGUAUUCCCUUGCCGUGCUUGAUUCCAAUAUUCGGUCAACUCUUUCUUAAAAAUUUCGCCCAUUGCUUGUGAAUAGCCAGAUAUUUUUGGCAGUAUCAAGACAAGUCGAUCUUCGAAAUGGACUAAUUCGAAACAAGCCAUCAGGAAUUAAAUGGUAGGAUGUGACAGGGAUGGAGCUACAUAGAAACUGCAAAGAAUAGUUGGCGGUCAAGCCAAAAUGGCUUGGCUGCAUGCUGGUACUGUCUUUGUUUCAAGCCUGGUGGCUACCAAGCAAUUCAGCUGCGCACCAAGUAUAACUAGUUCCACAUCGUGAGUUUGUGGCCAACGACGAUAAACUCAUGGCGUGCAGCAUCUGGCAAGAAAUAAAGGGGACGAGAGGGAAGGUAGAAGAUAGAGCUGACAGGCGGGCCCCAUGUACAUCUCAGUAGCAACCAAACUAGAUGGCCAAACCACCAUUUAUGCAACUCUAAACUCCAAAAGCACAUUCUCUCAUCAACGCGUUAGGACUGCAAGAGCUUGAUCCAGAUGUCAUCUUUGCAUCAAUAACAGAACCGGUGAAACGACAGUCGACAAACACUCAGCAGUCUCCCAGGAGAAGCAGGCAGGACUAUCAGCUAAACAGCAGUCUGCAGCAAGUCACCACCGACGAAGCAAGCUCUCACUAAGCUAUGGCAUUAUUUUGAUCGUUUAAGAUUCUCUGGCUGGUUCGUGGUCCGGAUCUGGCUGGAUCUACAUCGGUUACAAUGCAGGUUGGUGGUCAUUCUGUUGGUUAUAAUGGUAAAGGAAACAAGAAGGACACCACGGGUUGAAGAUAAAACUCAGCUACUUGUCAUCAUUAGCAAGCUACAAGAAUCUCAGUCACACAUAUGCUCCAUGACUGUUCAGGAUCUCCACAAUUAAGCUUCAUUUCAGUGACAACUAGACCAGCCAAGCCAUGAGACUUUUCUGAUGGUUCCAGAUUCAGAAAUGCACACGGAGGUCACCAAGAUUCAGCCGGAUCUAAGCCAUUGCAAGGCCAUGCUGCAAAAAAAGAUUUUGUGAAGAUACAUUGAUUACUUACUCUGCAACCUAGCUGCCUCAAAAGUCGGAGCAAAUGGCUGAAGCAGUGAUUCUUUUAGCUGUGAAGAAGAUUGGCAUUGCUUUAGGGAAUGAAGCAUUAAGCCAAGCUAGUUCGCUGUUCAAAAAGUUUAUUACACAGCUAACAGAGCUUCAGGGCAGCAUGGGUCGCAUCAGCAGGGAGCUCAGAUUAAUCCAUGGAUUUCUUUGCCGAAUGGAUGUACGGAACCGGAAUAACGAGUCCUAUGAAAUCUGGGUUCAACAGUUGAGAAUGCUUGUGCACGGGAUCGAGGACAUUGUGGAUGAGUAUUUGUAUCUUGUUGGUCAUAAACAUGAUACUGGAUGGGGUACAUAUCUGAAGAAAGGAUUCAGGCGACCAAGUGCGCUCCUUUCUUUGAACAGUAUUGCUUCAUUGGUUAAGGAAGCAGAAAUGAAUCUUGUUCACCUGUUUCAGGCAAAAGAUCGGUGGGUUUCAUUGGUAGGUGGUGAGAAUUCCAGUGACUCAAGUUACGUUGUUGAGAGAUCCCAGCAUCUCGCAAGCAUUUCGCGUUCCCUUGGUGAAGAAGAUCUUGUGGGGGUGGAUACAAAUAGAGAAAAGCUUGAGCAUUGGUUGUCAGGUGAUGAUUCGGAACGGUCGAUGAUAGUGCUGCUUGGGAUGGGAGGACUUGGUAAAACUGCUUUGGCUGCAAAUGUGUACAAGAAAGAGAGAGAAAAGUUUGAAUGCCAUGCCUGGGUCUCCAUCUCUCAAACUUAUUCCAUAAAAAAUGUGCUGAAAUGUUUGAUUACUGAAUUUUACAAAGAGAAAAAAGAUACUCCAGGUAACAUGGAUGGCAUGGAUAUUAAAGGUCUUCAAGAUGAACUGAAGACGUUUCUAGAGGACAGGAAGUAUUUAAUUGUACUGGAUGAUGUUUGGGCUCCUGAAGCAGUCAAUGACCUGUUUGGAGCACUUGUUCAAAAUCAGAAGGGGAGCAGAGUAAUUGUGACAACACGCAUUGAGGGUGUAGCGCACCUUGCAUUCGAAGACAGGAGAGUAACACUUGAAGCUCUAUCAGAGGAGGAAUCAUGGGAACUCUUUUGCAAGAUGGUUUUUUCAACAGAUACAAACCAUAAAUGCCCAACUGAAGUGGAAGCAUCAGCAUGCAAAAUAGUUGGCAAAUGUAAAGGCAUACCUCUUGCAAUCGUCACAGUUGGCAGGCUCCUCUACGUGCGUGACAAGACCAAAGAAGAGUUUAACAGAAUAUGUGACCAGCUGGACUGGGAGCUAGUUAACAAUCCAAGCAUGGAACAUGUCAGGAAUAUCCUUUACCUGAGCUUCAUCUACCUUCCAACAUACUUGAAAAGUUGUUUCCUAUACUGCAGCUUAUUUCCAGAAGACUAUCUUUUCCAGAGGAAAAAGCUUGUACGAUUAUGGGUAGCAGAGGGGUUCAUUGAGGAAAGGGGUGAAAGCACAUUAGAAGAAGUGGCAGAGGGCUAUCUAGCGGAGUUGGUUCGCAGAAAUAUGCUGCAGCUUGUUGAAAGAAACUCCUUUGGUAGGAUGAAGAAAUUCAGAAUGCACGAUCUCUUACGUGAAUUGGCAGUUGAUUUGUGUCACAGGCAUUGUUUUGGUGUUGCAUAUGCGGAGGACAAACCCGGGGGGUCUCAUCCGGAGGAUGGACGUCGAUUGGUAGUUCACAAGCUAAAUAAGGAUUUUCAUCGGUCAUGUUCAAGUAUACACUGUCUUAGAUCUAUUAUCAUAUUAGAUAAUACAAUGCCAUCAUUCACUCUACUGCCUCUGCUAUCUGAGAAGUGCAGAUAUAUGUCAGUGCUAGAACUAAGUGGUCUACCCAUCGAGAAGAUCCCAGAUGCAAUUGGAGAUCUUUUCAAUCUCCGCUAUUUGGGUCUGCGGGAUUCGAAGGUGAAGCUGCUCCCAAAGUCAGUUGAGAAGCUUUCAAACUUGUUGACAUUGGACCUCUAUAGCUCUGACAUACAGGAGUUUCCUGGAGGGAUUGUGAAGCUGAAGAAGCUUAGGCACUUAUUCGUUGCCAAAGUGAAUGAUCCACAAUGGAGAAAGAUUCGUUCUUUCAGUGGUGUCCGCAUCUCCAAUGGCCUUGGAAACCUAACGAGCCUGCAGACGCUCCACGCAUUGGAAGUUGAUGAUGAAUCCGUUAGACAAUUAGGGGAGCUGGGACAACUAAGAAGCUUGGGGUUAUGCAAUGUGAAGGAAGUCUACUGUGGACGCCUCUGUGAAUCUCUGAUGCAGAUGCAAUUUUUGCACCGCCUAGAUGUGAAUGCAAGUGAUGAGGACGAGGUUCUUCAGUUUAAUAUCCUCCCACCAAACCUGCAAACGCUAUGUUUGACAGGAAGAUUAGCGGAAGGGUUGCUGGGAGAAUCUCCCGAUCUCUUCCAAGCUGUUGCAGAGCAGAACCUGUAUUUGUUGCAUCUAUAUUGGUCACAACUGAGAGAAGACCCCCUUCCGUCCCUUUCUCGGCUGUCAAAUCUGACGGAGCUGUAUUUCUGCAGAGCAUACAAUGGAGAGCAGCUAGCGUUUCUCACGGGGUGGUUUCCCAAGCUGAAGACUCUCCGUUUAAUAGACCUUCCUAAUCUGCAGAGGCUAGAGAUGCAGCAAGGGGCCAUGGUGACUCUGGAAGAAUUAAUACUAACCAACCUCAGCAGCAUGACGGAGGUCCCAGCUGGCAUUGAGUUCCUCAUGCCCCUCAAGUAUCUAGUCUUCCACGAAAUCACCAGAGACUUCCUGACGUCACUGCGGCAGUGUUCUAGACUUCCCGCCAUGCAGUGGUGGUAUACUCUCCGAGAUUAAUGCGUCACUGGCGGGAAGGAACCGAAGAUGCUUCAUUAUUUGGACCAGACGCAUGCAUGCGGAUCAAGGAAUGAUUAAUUCAAUGGGGUUAUCGUGCUGCUAGUUGAUCUCAAUUCGCAUUCAUAUGGUGUUUUCACUUCGUCGUGGAUUGUUCUAGUAUUUUCUAUCCUGUCAUUUUGGUUGUGGAUCUUUAAAUAGCACGUACGCACACACAUAUAUCUUUUAAGUUUCAUGUGGGGUUGCGUUUACCAGCGUAUGGUUUUUGUCGCGGCUCCACAACUCUUGUUCGUGUCUUAGUCUAAUUGCUUGCUAGUUUAAAUAGUUAGAGUCAGCUCUAAGUCGGAAAGGUUUCGUCCCGAAGAAGGUUACCCUGCCGGCCUGAUCUGUUUAGAAUUAUUUCUCGUUUACUUUAAUUUGUAAUUGGCUAUUUAUAGCCCUCACUACUCGUUCAAUAAAGCAAAGCAGAAAUUUGUUAUGAGAUUCCA